AUGUCCUGGCUAAGAACAAUCCUCCGAACAACCACCCUCUCUCAACCAUCUUCUCUUCUAACCCACCUCCGUCUCAUGAGCAACCUCCCAGAAAACACCGUCUAUUCAGGACCAACACCACAGAACCAAAGGGUAACACUUUCACAACUGCGACAAAAACAUCGAAACUCACAACCCAUUACUAUGGUCACUGCUUACGAUUACCCUUCUGCUGUUCACCUCGAUAUGGCCGCCAUUGAUAUUUGUCUUGUGGGUGAUUCUGCUUCCAUGGUUGUUCAUGGUCAUGAUACUACUCUGCCUAUUACGUUAGAUGAAAUGCUUGUUCAUUGUCGGUCUGUUGCUCGUGGCGCGAAGACUCCUCUUCUUGUUGGUGAUUUACCUUUUGGAACGUAUGAGUGUAGUUCUAAACAGGCGGUUGAUACGGCAGUUAGGAUUUUGAAAGAAGGACGAAUGGAUGCCAUAAAAUUGGAAGGAGGUUCGCCUUCAAGAAUUGUUGCAGCAAAAGCUAUUGUUGAAGCUGGAAUAGCCGUGAUCGGCCAUGUUGGUCUUACACCACAGGCCAUUAGUGUUUUAGGUGGAUUUAGGCCUCAGGGAAGAAAUGUUGCUAGUGCCGUCAAGGUUGUCGAAACGGCAUUGGCUUUGCAAGAAGCAGGGUGUUUUGCUGUUGUUCUAGAAUGUGUUCCUGCACCGGUGGCUGCCGCAACAACAGCAGCACUUCAAAUUCCAACGAUUGGAAUCGGGGCUGGACCCUAUUGCAGUGGACAGGUGCUUGUUUACCAUGAUCUUCUUGGUAUGUUACAACACCCUCACCAUGCAAAGGUUACUCCAAAAUUUUCUAAACAGUACGCCCGUGUCGGAGAUGUCAUCAAUAAAGCGUUACUUGAGUACAAGGAAGAUGUGACAAAUGGUUCAUUUCCUGAUGCUAAACACAGUCCUUACAAAAUCAGUGAAACUGAUGCUAAUGGUUUCUUAAAUGAGCUGCAAAAGUUAGGUUUCGACAAAGCAGUAUCCGCGGCAUCUGAAGCAGUUCAGAAGAUGGUUACAAAAUCAACAAAGUGA